AUAGAAAACAAGCAGGCUCGUGUUCGUCCUCCUCUGCGCGGGUGUUGACGGAGACAUGGCGGGUCUGGAGCUGCUGUCGGACCAGGGAUACCGUCUGGACGGGAGGAAAGCCACCGAGCUGCGGAGGGUCCAGGCCCGCAUGGGUGUGUUCACGCAGGCCGACGGGUCUGCGUACCUGGAGCAGGGAAACACCAAGGCUCUGGCGGUGGUUUACGGUCCCCACGAGAUGCGAGGUUCUAGGAGUCGGACUCUUCACGAUCGAGCUGUCAUCAACUGCCAGUACAGCAUGGCCACCUUCAGCACGGCAGAGAGAAAGAGGAGACCUCAUGGAGAUCGCAAAUCCACCGAGAUGAGCCUCCAUCUCAAGCAGACGUUUGAAGCUGCUGUGAUGACCCAGCUCUACCCACGCUCUCAAAUAGACAUCUAUGUCAAGAUUUUGCAGUCAGAUGGCGGUAACUACAGCGUGUGUGUGAAUGCUGCCACGCUAGCAGUGAUCAAUGCAGGAAUCCCGAUGCGAGACUACGUGUGCGCCUGUACAGUAGGUUUUGUGGAUGAGACUCCCCUCGCCGAUCUGUGCUAUGCUGAGGAAAGCGGUGGAGUGAGUUCUCUGGCUUUAGCGCUGCUUCCCCGGGGAGGACAGAUUGCUCUGCUUCAAAUGGACGCAAGGCUGCAUCAGGAUCACCUCGAGACUCUGAUUGAAGCUGCGAUGACUGCUUGUAAAGGUGUGAGCAAGGUGCUGGAUGAUGUGGUGAGACAACAUCUUAAAGAAGCUGCAGUACACACCAGAGAGUGAAGUGGGACCAGUGGAAGAAAAUCUGGACUGUUGGACUGAGAGCAGCUCUUUUUUUGUUUUUGUAUUCACUCAUGGCAUUUACUGUAUAUUUUAUAUGAACCCAACAAAUAAACAUUUGCAUGUG